UUAAAAUGGUGAGACACCGGGAGAUCCAGUAGGCCUUUGCUGUCCAAGCGCAAGUGUUCGGCAAAAUGGUCAUCGAUUCUGGGCUUGCUCUUGGCAAUAUGCAGGAGGCCACGUUAGGAACACCAGAUGCAGAUGACGAGGUUAGAGAAGGCGUACGUGAACCACUGUCUUACUUGGAAGCACUGCUGGGUGCCUGGAUGGAGACGAGGUUGGAUCGCCUGUGAAUGUAGGUGCAAAUACCUGGGAAUGGAGUGGAUUGGGAGCGAAGGGAUGAGUGAAGCAUGAGUGAAGGAGAUGCGAAGGAAGCGGAUCUGUGGAAGGCAAAAAGAAGUGGAGAUGGGAAGAUGUGAGUGAUGGGAUCAUGUUGAAGGUGAUGGAAAUGUCGGAGAAAGACGUGUUGGAUGCAGAGACUGGUGGGGUGGUUGUGAAAAUCAGGGGAACUAUCCUCGUGUUGGAUUGCAAGAGUUUUAGGGAAGAGGGGUGGAAAAAUAGUCUCUGAUAACUCUCUGCCCCCAAAUUCUAUCUCUCCCCAUUUCUUGAUCUGUCUUCAUAACAGGGGACAGACUAUCGACUGACAUAUAGGGAGGUUUCACGGCAGUCGGGUCACGACCCAUGACCCGUACAGUUGCUACGCUACUCCAAAUGGAUUACACGCGAUGUACUGCAGUUGGGGAUCCUUUAUAUUGGAAAUGGCAAAGUCCACGUUUAUGGCUACACACCUGGCUCGAUUGUGCUCCACGGAAACUGCCCGAACAGUGAACUGUCUCAAUGAGACCGAGUUAAGAACUUAGUGCACCAUUGUCGGGGCAAGGUGCAGCGUGUGAUCCGAGUGCCCGGAAAAAGGCUGCCUCGACCGUUGCAGAAAUUGUCUAUGAGACGCAUUUUAUGAAAUUUGGCGGAUCAGGACUUUUGAAACUCGUCCAAGAAAAACAAGUGGGCGUGUCGCAUAUUUGGCGCUGUGUGCAAAGAUCCUAUAGCUGUUUGUUUCCUGGUUUCCUUUAUUAACUUUGCACCACGUCCCGCUGCGAAAAUGAAUCCUGUAGAGAUGACCGCGAUUUUUCAAUAUGAGGGUUUUAGUGUCCUGACAACCCAAAAGGAGAGGGGACAAAUGCAACCCGAAUAAUGAGUGGAGUCGUUGAGGGUCUUUCGGUUUCGUUUCCGCACAGCCCCCUGCCGGGAAUGACGGAUGUGGCCGAACUGAAGACGGUACCAGGCUCCGGACAACCCAAAGGGAGAGGAUAAAUGCGAUCCAAAUACUUUGCAAUGGAUUGUACGUUGAGAAAGAUGCUGUUGUCAUUGCUGCUGUUCCCUAGCUUGGCUGAAGGAUCUUUCUCUCGAUCCUUUGGGAUGUUGAAUAGAGACAUCCUGUUGCCCUGCGCCUUCCAUGCUUCAUCUAAUUUCAAUCUGAAAAAUCUCAUCAUCACAUGGCAGCGGACAGGCAGUCUCGCCGUGGUUUACAGUUUCUAUUCUGGAACAAUCCAUCCGGAGCAUCAGGACAAAGCAUUCCUGGACCGCACUCAACUAUUUCUCUCCGAAUUCACCAAAGGGAAUGCGAGCCUGAAAUUGGAAAGAAUGUUGUUAUCUGAUGUGGGAAACUACAGUUGUUUUGUAACUGUAGAUGAUGGAAUGCCACACAUUGAGAACGUGGUGGAACUAAAAUUAAAUGAUAUAUCGGAGAAUAAUACAUCCGGUGGCACCGAUCCAGCUUCAGAAAGGAAAAAGCUUGUACUCGUACUUCCAGCGCUACUCAUUUUAAUUGCAGUUGGAAUUUUGCAUUGGCAAAUGAAAAACAAGAAGAAACCAGAUAUUGAAGAGAUGAUUCAUUUACUGGAAGACAAUAUAAAAGAUGCCAUUCUGAAUUAUAAAGAGUACAUCUUGAAAGAUAAAAUGCAUUUAUGUUGUUCAUUAACACAACGGCGAUUCGAAAACUAUCCGCUUGCCAGAACCAUCAAUAUUACCAACCCGAAGGAACAAGACCUAGAUGGUGAUCUUAUCAGGAGCGAUGACUCAAAUAUUGCACAAGAAGUACAAAUUUCACAACUGCUGUCAUUGCUUCGGGAAGAAAACUUCUCAAAGCGAGUCCUGCUGGUAGGUGAUGCAGGAGUAGGGAAGAGUUGGACUGUUGUCAGCAUGGAGCAAGAGUGGGCAUCUCAACCAACCCACCCCUUGAGGUGCGUCUUUGUUCUCAGAUUCCGUGACUUGAAUGAGGUUAAAGGAAAGACAUCUCUCCGGGAUCUGCUGAAGAAGCAUUGCACACCUUUGUCAUCAGUCCUAACAGAACUCCUCUCGAACCCUCAAGAUGUGUUGAUCAUUUUGGACGGGCUGGAUGAAUUCGCCCAUCAGUUGCAAUGGAAUCCAUCAGGUUGUGAUUUCAACCUGGAUAGUGAGGCUGAAGUAGGUGUUCUUGUUUCCAAACUAAUAUCCAAGAACCUCCUUCGAGAAGCCCAGGUGUUGGUUACCUCCCGGUGGAAUACCAAGCAGAUAGAAUUUAACAAGAAGUACUUUGAUCAGCUUUUUGUUAUCUCUGGCUUUACCAAUGAUCAGCUGAAAAGAUAUUGCGAGGUGUUUUGUGGAGAGAAGCAAAAGGCGGAAGAAAUGUUUCAACGCAUUACAGAGAAUGCAACCAUCAAAUGUCUGGCUUCCAAUCCCCUCAACAGCUUCAUUCUGUGCAAUAUUUUGGACAAGUGUACCAGCUCUCAAGCAAAUGUACCAGUGACAAAUAGCAAAGUGUUUACAUUGUUGCUGUACAGUCUGUGUAACUGCAGCACGAGUAAAGAAACAGACGCUGAGAAUAAGAGUGAAGAGGAGAAGCAAUUGUUUAAAGACACCAUCCUGAAACUGGGAGAACUAUCCUUCAACUCUCUGCUAUCAGGGAAACUUAAAAUAAAUGUGACUGAUCUGAAGACCUAUGGAAUAGAUCCAGACAUCCUUUCAAAAUAUCUCUCAAAUCUUGUGCUGGACUGUAAAUGCCAAGGAGUCUUUGAGUUCCACCAUGCAGUGCUGAAGGAACAAUUUGCAGCUUUGUAUUGUGCUACUUUACUCAACAAUGAAGCUGAAGAGUUGGUCAAGUGUCUGGAUCUGUGGUGCUUUGGGAAAAUGCCACUAAAUCAAAUGAGCCAAUUUUAUUUGCAAUCUUUUCAACCUGACCACACAGAGAAACUGUACAAUUUUCUGAGGUUUCUCACUGGCUUCUUAACCGCAGGAAGAGAUGGCAAGUUGUGGAACUAUACAACUCCUCUCCCUCCUUCUACAGCCAUAGCUCUCACAACAUGGUUCAAAAACAGCUUUCAGCGAGACAUUAAGAAGGCAGAAUUGCUGAAUUUGAUGCACUGUCUCUUUGAACUGAAUGAUGCCACUGUAACGGCAGAAGUAUCUCCUUGCAUCCGAGAUGUGGGUUUUCACAACGUUUCUCUGAGCCCGCUCGAUCUGCGUGCUUUGUGCUACUGUCUCAAUCAUUCCACCGUGGAGGAGAUGGAUUUGAGGCACUGUAGCAUUGGUGAUAAAGGAAUAAAGCAGCUCCAAGAAAUACUAGUCAAGUGCAGAACUCUUUUGGUAAGCUCCAACAAACUGACUGUAAAGUCAGCAAAGAGUUUGAAUGCCGUCCUUGAAGACCCAAAGUGCAGGAUUGAGACAUUAUCGUGUGGUACAAACUCUUUUGGUUCGGCGGGGGCUCAGAUUCUGUGGAAAGCUCUGGCACGAAACAGAAGUCUCAAAAUCCUUCGCCUGUAUGACAAUGGGAUCACAGUUGAAGGCACAGAGAACAUGACUCAGUACCUGACAUGCAACAAAACUCUCCAGAAACUCUUUUUAUGUGUAAACAAACUUGAUGACCUUGAACAGAAAAACAUUCAACAAAUCGAAAAGCUGUGUCACGGGCUAAAGAUCAUCACUAAAAUCAGAGACGAUGAAGAGCUCUUACUCCGAGUUGAAAGUCAGGUUCAAAUGCUUCCCUCCCUUGAGCAGAGUUACAGCACAGAGUGGAUGUGCAAACUAUUGAAAUCCAUUCUGAAAGACUUGGGAGAUGAGAGUACCAUACCUGAUGUAGACACCCGGGUAAGGAUACGAAAGAUAAAAGCAAAUAUUAACAAAUAUCUUCAGAAGAACAAAGACACCGUGAUUGAUGUUCCAGACACGGAGAAUGUGUUGCAGCUCCAUACCCCUGCACCACUUCUUCUGAAACAACUUCCUUAAUCGUUUCUUUUCUACGUCACGGUGGUGCAGCAGUAGAAUUGUUGCCUUACAGCGAAUGUAUCGCCAGAGACUCGGGUUUGAACCCGACUACGGGUUACAUAGACAUAGAAACAUAGAAAUUAGAUGCAGGAGUAGGCCAUUCAGCCCUUCGAGCCUGCACCGCCAUUCAAUAUGAUCAUGGCUGAUCAUCCAACUCAGUAUCCCUUACCUGCCUUCUCUCCAUACCCUCUGAUCCCCUUAGCCACAAGGGCCACAUCUAACUCCCUCUUAAAUAUAGCCAAUGAACUGGCCUCGACUACCCUCUGUGGCAGAGAGUUCCAGAGAUUCACCGCUCUCUGUGUGAAAAAAGUUCUUCGCAUCUCGGUUUUAAAGGAUUUCCCCCUUAUUCUUAAGCUGUGACCCCUUGUCCUGGACUUCCCCAACAUUGGGAACAAUCUUCCUGCAUCUAGCCUGUCCAACCCCUUAAGAAUUUUGUAAGUUUCUAUAAGAUCCCCUCUCAAUCUUCUAAAUUCUAGAGAGUAUAAACCAAGUCUAUCCAGUCUUUCUUCCUAAGACAGUCCUGACAUCCCAGGAAUCAGUCUGGUGAACCUUCUCUGCACUCCCUCUAUGGCAAUAAUGUCCUUCCUCAGAUUUGGAGACCAAAACUGUACGCAAUACUCCAGGUGUGGUCUCACCAAGACCCUGUACAACUGCAGUAGAACCUCCCUGCUCCUAUACUCAAAUCCUUUUGCUAUGAAAGCUAACAUGCCAUUCACUUUCUUCACUGCCUGCUGCACCUGCAUGCCUAGUUUCAAUGACUGGUGUACCAUGACACCCAAGUCUCGCUGCAUCUCCCCUUUUCCUAAUUGGCCACCAUUUAGAUGAAAGAUUAUUACUAAUGCAUCCACUAUUUCUGGAGCUACUUCCUUAAGUACUCUGGGAUGCAGCCUAUCUGGCCCUGGGGAUUUAUCGGCCUUUAAUCCAUUCAAUUUACCCAACACUGUUUCCCGAAUAACCUGGAUUUCCGGCAGAUUAUUUAUGUCUUCCUUAGUGAAGACGGAACCAAAGUAGUUAUUCAAUUGGUCUGCCAUAUCCUUGUUCCCCAUGAUCAACUCACCUGUUUUGACUGCAAGGGACCUACAUUUGUUUUAACUAAUCUCUUUCUUUUCACAUAUCUAUAAAAACUUUUGCAGUCAGUUCCCUGCCAGUUUUCUUUCAUAAUCUAUUUUUCCUUUCCUAAUUAAUCCCUUUGUCCUCCUCUGCUGGUCUCUGAAUUUCUCCCAGUCCUCUGGUAUGCUGCUUUUUCUGGCUAAUUUGUACGCAUCAUCCUUCGCUUUGAUACUAUCCCUGAUUUCCCUUGUUAUCCACGGAUGCACUACCUUACCUGAUUUAUUCUUUUGCCAAACUGGGAUGAACAUUUUUUGUAGUUCAUCCAUGCAGUCUUUAAAUGUCUUCCAUUGCAUAUCCACCUUCAACCCUUUUAGAAUUAAUUGCCAGUCAAUCUUGGCCAAUUCAUGUCUCAUACCAUCAAAGUGACCUUUCUUUAAGUUCAGAACCAUUGUUUCUGAAUUAACAAUGUCACUCUCCAUCCUAAUGAAGAACUCAACCAUAUUAUGGUCACUCUUGCCUAAGGGGGCACGUACAACAAGACUGCUAACUAACCCUUCCUCAUUACUCAAUACCCAGUCUAAAAUAGCCUGCUCUCUCGUUGGUUCCUCUACAGGUUGAUUAGAUAACUAUCCCGCAUACAUUCCAAGAAAUCCUGUCUAUCCUGAGGGUUCUGUCUAUAUGGAGUUUGUACGUUCUCCCCGUGACCUGCAUGGGGUUUCGUCGAGAUCUUUGGUUUCCUCCGACGGUCCGAAGAUGUACAGGUUUCUAGGUUAAUUGGUUUGGUAAAUGUUUUUUAAAAAAUCAAAGCUCUUCGAAGGAACGCUCUUCGAAGGAAAAAUUAAAAUACUGGCAGAAUUAUUUCUGCUAGUAUUUUUCAAAUAAAGAGGUCCAUAAAGUGGGCAAAUAACAUAAUAUAAGAUAUUGGGUUGUCAGCACGCAAUAUCCAACAUUUUCAUAUAUUUUAUAUUUCAUAUAUCCAA